CACAGCGCUGGAGAGAAAGCAUAGCGGGAGAGAGAGAGAGUGAGGGAGAGAGAGAGAGACAGCAGUCAGUGUGACAGAUAAGCACGGCAGAUGACUUGUCUCUCUCUGAAUGCACUGUGAGCAGGAGAGCAAGUAACUGCCAAGAGUGCCAGCCAAGGCAGUUCUCCAGACUCACAAACACACACAGACUCCACAGCCUGGUACAGACAGGGAGCGUGUGAAAAGAGAAGAGUCUCACAACUAAGUUUCCAGGUGGGUCGUCAAAGGUUUCCCAAGCGGAGUCUACAACAGUGUAAUGGGUUGUCCAGACCAGAGACUUUUCCUCUGAUCCUGCAAAGAGAUUGGCGUAAUCCUACAACGAGAACUAGUCCGACCCUGGGCAUGGAGAAGCUGACGGAGAAAGACAAGGAGCUGAUCCGAGGCAGCUGGGAGAGUCUUGGCAAGAACAAAGUUCCACACGGAGUCAUCAUGUUCUCCAGACUGUUUGAACUAGAGCCUGCACUCCUCAACCUCUUCCACUACAACACAAACUGUAGCCCCACACAAGACUGCCUCUCCAGCCCUGAGUUCCUGGACCAUGUCACAAAGGUAAUGCUGGUGAUCGAUGCAGCAGUCAGUCACUUGGAUGACCUCCAUUCCUUGGAGGAUUUUCUGCUCAACCUGGGGAAGAAGCACCAGGCAGUCGGGGUUAACACCCAGUCCUUCGUUGUGGUGGGGGAGUCCCUUCUCUACAUGUUGCAGUGUAGUCUGGGUCAGGGGUACACUGCCCCACUGCGUCAGGCCUGGCUCAACAUGUACUCCAUCGUAGUGGCGGCCAUGAGCAGAGGGUGGGCCAAGAACGGGGAACACAAGACUGACUGAAACAUACGCUGGGGUCUGCUAUCAGUUUCUGUCUAAUCACCUUCAUGGUUGCUAUGGAGUAAGGUUGUAUAGCUCACAGCAUGAAGGUUUUGAUUGCUGUAUAUUUCCUCAGUGAGUCUAGGGUCACAGUAGGGUGAACGAAUGGUGUUAUCACACUUGACACCACACACAAUGGUUGAAUCACCUGAUGUUCACAGAGUUAACUGUUUUUGCUGUGGAUGUUGCAGCUUCUAGGCAAUGCUGCUAUAACAUUGUAGGGAUGUUAUGUGCCAACCAGCUUUGGAUGUGCUCUAAGUCUGCAGUUUGAGUUCCUCAAAUUAGAGAAAGAUUAAAUUAAUGUAAUGACUGAAUUUGCUUUGUAAAUAAUUGACUUGAUAUAUCUACUCAAAUAAUAACAAUGAUUGUGGGGUUCUUCGUGAUGUAUCUUAAAGAGUCACACAAUUGUCAAACACUGGCUAUAUUACUUGGCAUCACUACCUCUACUGUGAUCAUUACUAUAGCUGGAAUGGGCAGCUAUGAUAUGGGCCCUUUCCCAAAUCAAACCAAUGAUAAAGAAACAUUGAUCACAAAAGUAUGUACAAAAUUAUUGUUUAGAGUGAUUAUCACGAUUCUAUCUCUAUGCCUUUGAGUUAGGCUAGGGUUCUGAUAAUGGCACAUACUAAUACACUCCUUUCUUUGUAUGUGUUCAUGACCUGGGGUGUAACAACCCUUAGAGGUUAACAUGAUUCUUAAAGCCAUUGAUAUUAUUAAGCAAACAAAAAACUUUUGACAAUGCUCAAUAGAAAAUGACAAGAACUGUUAAUGUAUUCAAAAUAUUUUCUAUGGGAUCCCUAUGACUGUAAUGGCGUCCGUGUGCAGCUUUGUCUGAAAGGUGUACACUCUUAGAAAAAAGGGUUCCAAAAGGGUUCUGUGGCUGUCCCCAUAGGAGAACCCUUUU